UUUGUUACUAAAGUAAAUAUGGCUGACGGGAGCAACACGCUUCAUUUAAGUGGGAUGUAUGUUUGUUUCGGUUGACGUUUAGUGUUCACUAGCUAUAGUUAACCAAAAUUUUUUGUGGAAUCUUUGUAACAAGAAUAUGUCUCGGCAAAAGCAUAUUGAUAUACCAUCAGUUCCUUACGAAGAUCAUAUCAAAAUAAAUAUAAACCAGCAGCCGCUCACUGGAGCUUCUGUUGUCUCGUCAGUUGACCAAUCUGCUAUUGAAAAAUUAACUGAAACAGCCAAAAUGCUAGACGAAAGCAGUAAGCAGGCUCACAUAUAUAUAAUGGCUGGUGCAGCAGCUGGAAUCAUGGAACAUUGUGUUAUGUAUCCUGUUGACAGUGUAAAGACAAGAAUGCAAAGUCUCCGUCCACAUCCAAAAGCAGCAUACACAAGUAUUCGUCAAGCAUUCUCACAAAUUAUCAAGUCAGAAGGUUUGAUGCGUCCCAUUCGUGGUAUAAAUAUUGUUGCUCUUGGGGCAGGACCUUCUCACGCUAUGUACUUUGGAAGUUAUGAGUUUAUGAAAAAGAUGCUUGGUAAAAAAGAGCUAAACUCACAGUCCCCUUUAGUAAAUGCCAUUUCUGGAUCAGUGGCCACAGUGUUUCAUGAUGGUACAAUGAAUCCAGUAGAAGUUGUGAAGCAACGCAUACAAAUGUAUAACAGCCCAUACCGUGGCGUUUAUCACUGUGCGAGCUCCAUACUCAAGAAUGAAGGCAUCACAGCUUUUUAUAGAAGUUUCACCACAACAUUAACUAUGAACAUACCCUUUCAAUGCAUACAUUUCGUCACUUACGAACACAUGAGAGAACUUUUAAACCCCGAGGGUGGGUAUAACCCAAGAACUCAUCUCUUGGCGGGGGCCACUGCAGGUGGUUUAGCUGCAGCUGUUACCACACCUUUAGACGUUGCGAAAACACUACUAAACACUCAAGAAAAGAGUGUUGUGCUUGAAAAAACUAUAAAAAGAUCAAAGUCUGGGAAGCACAAUGCUUACUUUGUUAGAGGAAUGUUUAAUGCUAUGGGAACUAUAUAUAAAGUGCGCGGUUUCGGCGGGUAUUUCCGAGGGCUAAGGGCCCGUGUUAUAUAUCAGGUACCAUCUUGUGCUAUAUCGUGGAGCGUGUACGAGUUUUUCAAACAUUAUUUAUCGCUGAAGAUUUCAGAUGAAGAAAUGAUGGACCUGACGGUAUGAAAACGGGAUGCCGUGUCGCUCAGAUAGAAAUAACCAAUCGAAACGCGGAAAUACAAAAGACGAGAUUUAUUGGUAUUACAUAGCUCAUAUUUAUUAUAAACCUGACAUUUGAAUGAAUUUAGUCAAGAUACAUAUUUUGUAAAUCAUAAAGAUGAUUUUUACAAUACAAUUAGUCGAAAGAA